GCUAUAUUCCCCAUUGAGGAUUAUAAUUUCGGGUUUCCUUAUCACGAAGUUAUUGUGUAUGAAUGUAAUUUUAUUUGCGACCCUUCCUGGUGGACAUGGCAACAUUAAGAAAAAGAAUAAUUAACUUGAAAGCCGUCAAAGAACUGGAUGGUUUUCCCAAAGUACCUGACACUUAUGUUAAACAAUCUGCAGUUGGUGGUACAUUUUCAGUGUUGAGUUUCUGCCUCAUAGCUUACUUGGUGAUAGCAGAGACGCAAUAUUUUCUUGACACUCGUCUGCAGUUCAAAUUUGAGCCUGACAAUGACUUCAUUGAUGCUAAACUAAAAGUCAACAUUGACAUAACAGUAGCAAUGCCAUGCAGUCGCGUGGGCGCCGAUAUACUCGAUUCUACUAAUCAAAAUUUGAUGGGGUUUGGAACAUUGGAAGAGGAGGACACGUGGUGGGAACUGACACCUGAACAACGAAACCACUUCGAUUCUCUCAAAUACAUGAAUUCAUACCUAAGAGAAGAGUACCAUGCUGUCCACGAGCUUCUAUGGAAGUCUAAUCAGUUGUCACUACUAAGUGAUAUGCCAAAACGAAAUAAUUACCCCAACCACACUCCAGAUGCUUGCCGCAUAUAUGGAAGUUUAGACGUUAAUAAGGUCGCUGGUAAUUUUCAUAUCACUGCAGGAAAAUCAUUGUCACUCCCAAGAGGACAUAUUCAUAUAUCUGCUUUUAUGACAGAACGUGAUUACAACUUUACACAUAGAAUCAACAGGUUUUCCUUUGGUGAACCAAGUCCUGGUGUUAUACAUCCACUUGAGGGAGAUGAAAAAAUAAGCGAUCGUAGUAUGAUGUUAUACCAGUACUUUGUGGAGGUAGUUCCCACGGAUGUCAGAAAUUUAUUGCGGUCGUACAAGACUUAUCAGUACAGUGUAAAAGAUCACCAGCGACCCAUUGAUCAUCAUAAAGGCUCGCAUGGCAUUCCUGGAAUUUUCUUCAAGUACGAUAUGAGUGCUUUGAAAGUCAAAGUUACACAACAAAGAGAUUCGAUUUUUCGAUUCCUGGUUAAACUUUGCGCUACUGUUGGUGGUAUCUUUGUUACUAACGGGCUGUUGAACAAUUUAGUACAGGUAUUCUGGUAUCUGAUAACGUGCCAGUUUCUCAAAAAUCAAGAUCCACGAAAUGAAGAAAAGCUAGUUGUUUCAUCACCCAUUGUCCAAAACCAAUCUCCAAAUUCUGUGAAUUUGCUCACAGCAGCGUCCCCACCGAUUUUAAAUCUUGAAUUUGAUUCCAAUAAAUAAUGUUUCCGUGCGGAAACAACAUUGUUCCUAUUUUAAUUAUACGGACUUGUUCACAGUUAUUCUCCAGGUGACAAGUUUUAGAAGUACAUGCAGAGGUUUUCUCUGCUUGACAUACAUUUAUAAGUACACACUACACUUUGUUUUCGAAACUUUAAUUCAGUUUUUACUGA